AUGUCGACUCGGAUAAUUGAUCAAAAAGGAGACCGAACCAAAACGGGCCAUGCCGAUGGGAUACAAAGCCGGACUCUAGAGAUACUGGAAAGCUUUGGUAUCGUCGAUCCAAUCUUAAAGCAGGGGAUCCACGAUGUUGACAUGUCCCACUGGACAACAAACAACGAAACCGGGAAUAUAGAGCGACGCAGGAGGUACGAAGCAGACACUGAGCAAAGGUCGAGAUUUGGGCAAAUACUGCUCAACCAAGGGGCUGUGGAGCAAGUCUUUGUUGACCAUUUGCAUAACAAGAACGUUCACGUGGAGAGGCAUAAAGCGGCUGAGUCUUUACAUAUCUCGCCUACCGCUGUUGACGACACACAACAAUUUCCGGUCGUUGUGGGAGUAAGGGAUGUUGGAAAUAAUGGCCGACGCCUAGUCAGGCAAUACAGACCCCAUGAGCGUGUGUUUCUGGCUGGUGAUGCUGCACACACCCACUCUCCAAAGGGAGGUCAGGGCAUGAAUGUAUCAAUCCAAGACUCAUACAACCUCAUAUGGAAACUGGGAGCAGUUAUCGCCAAUGGUGCAGACCCCAUUAUCCUAGGAACUUAUGACACCGAACGGCGUCCGGUCGCCAGGCAGCUGAUGGAUCUGGAUGCCCGACUUGUACAAGCAUAUGAGAAGGAGGAGAAAGAUAUCUCCAAAGGAAUUUAUGAAGUCCGCGAGCAAUAUGCUGGAUUUAUGGCAGGGGUCGACGUGACAUAUACUCAUAGCAUCUUGGUUACCGAGGGAGGAAAAGACGGUGAUGCAAACCUUGCAAGCAAUAUAACAUUGGGCAUGCGUUUACCAUCUUUCCUUGUUGUUUAUCUGUGCGAUGGACAGCCUUCACAUUUGGCACAGAGGCUUAUGAGUGACGGAUUAUGGAGGCUCCUGGUGUUUCCGGGUGAUCUACGCCAACCGGAGAGGAUGAAAGCUCUGGUCAAUUUUGCGGACGUCUUCAGCAAACACUCUUACCUCGCUCAUCUACAACGCAUACCAGCUCCGGAAUGGCGCUGCCAUAUCAUUGAAUUGCUUCUCAUACAGUCAUGCCCCAGGAGCGCAGUCAAUCUGCUUGAUCUUCCAGAGCUCUUCCACCCGUUUGAUGAUACUAUGGGGUGGGACUACUGGAAGGCAUAG